ACCCUGGGUUUAAAGAUUAUAUAGUGGCGAGGUCGUAGUCGUAUAAUGAACUUUAAAUAAAAACAGUCGAACACGUUUCGAAAAUACUGGCAAUUCUCAGAACUAUUAUUAAUUUGAGUUAUUUACAUAUUAUAUAUUAAACUAUGAAAUCUGCUUAUCUGUAAAUAAGAAAAGGUUAUUAUUGAUUAAUGUAUUAAAUAGGUAAAAAAAAAAAAGAAAUCUGGUUUUGAAGAAUGUAAUAACGAGGGUGAGGUCGUAUAAUGAACUCAGACUACUUGUGACCGGGGAGAGAACACAUAUAUAAGGAAGCCUUUUGAUAUAACUUUUUCAGUCUACUUCAACGAGUCUACAGCGAGUCCAUGUUUUUAUACAAAUAGUUUUCUAUUUUUUUAUUAAAUUAAAAUACUUUUCUAAGUACUUCUAAGUACUUCUCAUUCUAAAUAAUGUCGGUCAAUUCAUUUAGGAGUGAUGAUGAAGAAUCCUUUGCUGUAAGCGAUGUGGAUAUGAUAGAAGCGCAAGAUAGAAAAACUGGAACAAAACCGGGUGGUCAAAAGAGGGUAUGUGAGAAAAAAAAUAAUGGAAAAAAAUCGAAAAAAAAUGUUUCUUAUCGAGAUAAAAUUGGGAAAAUGAUGAAAGAUCACAAAAUUGCACUCGAAGUCAGAAAUUCAAUGAGCAUUCGGCAAGACGAUGGGAUUUUAAUUGUAAAGGCACCUGCUGACGAAAAAUCGACUGACUAUUGGACGUUGUCGCAUUAUAAAACAAAAAACAUUGAGCAUGUUGAUUCUAAGGACAGAUGGAAACAUGCUGAGUGUUCGAUGAAACUUUCAAUAACCGAUCAGGCAAAGGACCAAGCCAUAUCGAGUGAACUAAAUGAAUUGGUUCAAACACUUUUCGACCGAUUUAUGAAGGAUUCAAAGAAAAAAAUUACACGUAUUUGAUAUGUAAUAAACUAUGUUUAUAAUAGUGGUGGAAAUCAUUUAAUAAAUAAUAAAACUUUAAUUACAAUA